AUGACGUUAUAUCAUUUUGGAAAUUGUGUUGCUUUAGUUUAUGUACCUUAUUACAUGACUUAUAAAUUAGCAGGCCUAUCAGAAUAUGGCGCUUUUUGGAAAUGUUUCCAAGCCGGCGGAAUAUAUAUGUUCACACAAUUGUGUAAAAUGUUAAUAUUAGCUACUUUCUUCCCUGAUUCUGCUGAUUCACUUGGAUCGACUGGUUAUACAGUAUUUCUAUAUGAGUUUUUAAGAAGCAGUGUAGAUUUUGCAGAUUUAUUAGGAUUGCGAUUGGUAUUAUCUUGUAUACCAGGAAAAGGUCAUAGUAAAUUGAUAACAGCAGGUUUGGGAUGGGCUGCUGCAGAAGCUAUUUUAACAAAAGGUCUUCUUUUGUGGACUGGUGCUAGAGGAGCGGAAUUCCAAUGGACUUACAUGCAAAAAUGUCUGGAAGGAAAUUUAGCUUUGGUUCAACACAUAACUACAGUCACUUUAGUCUGGUUAUUCUCCCGGCACGAUCUUAAAAAGGCCUUUGUUCCAAUAAUUACGAUCUUAUUAUUAUUGACUGCAAUGAGAGGUCUUGUGAUAGAUAGUGUUAUUCAAGCCAUUAUUGUUGGGCCAUGGUGCGUCUUAUUAGUACGGGGUCUUAUUGCUGGUGCAAUGGGUUUAAUCACUUUGCAAAUAUAUGCAGGGCUAGCUCAGAAUAUUGGAAUAUUUUAAAUAGAAAAAAUAGAAAUGUGUAAUUUAAUAUUUAUAUAUCAAAGUGUGUUCAUUAAAAGUAAUAAUUAUAUAACAGACAUUUAUAUGAUUAUAAGGAACAUGAUUAAUAUAAGAUGUAUUAAUAAUUUAUGUAAAAUAAUUAUUAAUUUAG